CGUGCUUAUACUUCGUUAAACUCGUAGUGAAUCACAAGAUUUCUCCCAGCACACGAUGCUCAGCGCAAAGAAAUGAUAAAUUGAAGUGUGCAUAAAUUGUCCUUAACCACACUAGUUGCGCCAAACGAUACGUAGAAUAUUUCUCAGAUCGGUCUGUAGCAUUCGCGCGCGUUUUUCCCUCCAUUCGAGGCAUUUCUGUCUUUAUCACGUGUGUUCCCGCCGUUAUACCGAUCGACCAAUCGACGGCUGAUUUCAACAAUCACCUCGCCAUAUCACUAGCCAACCGAGCAAUUACCGCGCCGUUAGUGAGUGGUUGUUCGUAUCGUGUUGACCGAUGUGGUGUCUGAUCGUUUACUAUACGAUAACCGUCCCGAAAAAGGAGCGGUGCAACUGCUAUUUCGUCAGAAAUGGAUUCCAUUACAGUUAAAAAUAUGUUGUUGCACGAGAUCGGUUGUUCAGUAAACACCGAGGAAUCUUCACCACCUGAUAGGUGAGGCUAACUUCGAUGUGAGGGCAAAACGCGUUUACCAAGGUCCUUUCGGUUGCUACCUGCAUGUGAAUCCCUCGUUGCUUCAUAACGAUCACAGGGAAGAAAGAGUAAACAAAUACGUCUGGAAAAUCCCUGCAAUAACAAUCUAAUUAAUAAUGUGCCUCAAAAUAGUACAAGAUGGUCAUAUUCUGGAAAUACUAGUUUUGUAGAACCUGAAAUUUUAGAGGAUAUGGGUGUUAGUAUGUUGGAAGAUCCAACAGCAAAUGAUGAAAGUACAAAACAGUUACAUUCUCAAGAUUGUAUAAUGUCUCCUGUAAAGUCAGAUAGUAAGAGAAAGUUAAACAAAAGACACAAAAAUGAUGGCAUAGAAUGUCACGAAAAGAUUCAUACGAAUUCUAGUGCGGAUAAUGCAAACGUUGAGAGAAUAGAGCAAGAUGGAUGUAUCUACGAUUUGGCUGUAUUUAAUAGCACAGAGAAUGAAUCCAACAGUUCGUCGAGAGCAAAAGAAAAUUUGGCUGGAGAAAGUACGGAUGCUUCUGCUGAUAAUGUUGGCGUCGAUCAAUUCUGCUUAUAUAGAAGAAAAAAGAAGCUCUCGAUCAUUGGUGAAAAUAAAUUUAAUGAGUUGUCCGAUGAGAUAAUUCUGAUGAUACUAAAAUGGCUACCCAAGAAAUGUUUGGUACGCUCUAUGUUAGUGUGUAGACGUUGGUAUCGAGUAGCUCGUGACGAAGCUUUAUGGACUAGAUUAGAUUUGGGUGGUAAAGUUCUAAGUGAAGGUACAUUAGGGUUUAUAUUACCACGUGGAGUACAAAUUCUAAGACUGGCACAAGCGGAAAUUGCGGAUCCGGUUUUCUAUGGGCCCAAUAUACAGUGCGAUUACAUUAGAGAUUUUUAUACGAGUAGAUUACAAUAUUUGGAUCUAUCUAUGGCAGUUAUAUCACCAAAUGGCUUGGCUACAUUAUUGUCCAAAUGUAAAUCAUUGAAAAACUUGUCACUUGAAAAAUGUACAAUAAGUAGGGCUUGCUUUAGUGAAAUUCAACAAAACACAGAGUUAGAAGUUCUGAAUUUAACUAUGUGCGAAGAUAUUAAUGCUAAUUGUAUCAUGGAUUUGGUAAAACUCAAUUGCUUAACUGCCCUCAAUGUAGCUUGGUGUUGCUUGGAUAGUGAGAGUGUGUCGGUACUUUGUAAAACAUUGCCAUCAUCUAUUAGACGUUUGAAUAUAGCUGGUUGUAGGAAAACAAUGAAUGAUAAUAACGUGAAGGAUCUGUUGAGACGAUGUCCGGAUAUCAUAGAAUUGGAUUUGAGUGAUUGUGCUAUACUCACCAUAAGCAGCAUUCAUACUUUACUGAAUUUCACCGAAUUGGAACACUUGUCGCUGAGUCGUUGUUACAGUAUUCCACAGUCAGCUUUCGCAAGAUUAGCUCAGAUGCCGUCUUUAUUAUACUUGGACAUUUUUGGCUUAGUGUCAGAACCAGUGCUCAAGUCACUGCGGGAUAAUUAUCGUAAAGUUGAAAUUAACAAGUUCUUCUACAGCUCUGUCGCGAGGCCAACAGUAGGUAUUCGAAGAACCAGUAUUUGGAGUCAACGUGUUAGAGAUUGA